UCAAACUAGCCGCUUGACGGCACAGGAUACAAGGAAGUACAACUAGCAGGUCAAAACGUAAGUGAGGUCGACCAUACAUUUGUCUUCCUGUGGGACAGAAACCGUUCACUGGAGCAAGGUGGUGAGGUAAUUAGACCUUCAAAUGGCGUCCGGAAUGGAUGUAGCCGGUCCACCUUGGUACAGCGAAUAUAGAGAAGUGCCCGUGAGAGCUUUAAACCGGUCUGUCCGAAACAUUCUCGCUCGGUUACUAAACCCCCCUAGCGUUGUUCUCACCGACUCGGGGUUUUCAAAAGACUGGAAGGGCCUCGCUGAACUGAUGGGAUUUAUGAACGAUGAUAUCAGUAACUUUGAAUCCAUGAGGGAUAGCUAUACUUUACUCAUACUCAAGGAUUGGGAAAAGCAAAAAGACAGUAUGAUCGCCACUUUGUUCGACUAUAUUCAACAGCUGGAGAGAUAUGACAUCUUGGAAGAUCCUACGAUAAAGACGCAAGUCGAAAAUAAUGUGAAAAGUUACCUUCAGAGACAGAGCAAGGAGAUGGAGAUAGAGAAACCGUUACAAGAUUGUGAAGUAAGCAGUGCCAUGGAAUAUGAUGAUAUGAAAGAAGACCAGUACAAGUACAUGACCACGCAAGAUGUUCAGACGGGCAAGGCAAUGUAUUAUGACGCCUUCGUGUCCUAUGCCGAAGAAGACAUUGGUUUUGUGAAAAAGCUGAUCAGCGAAUUAGAGAAGCCAGAAUACGGCCUCAAGUUAUGUGUACAAGCCAGAGACCUCAUCCCUGGCGCUUCAACGAAUACAGUUUGUGCUAAAUUAAUAGAGGAAAGGUGUACCAGAAUGGUGAUCAUUUUAUCUCCUAAAUUCCUCAACUCUGCUCAGUGCGACUUCCAGAUCAAGUUUGCCCAGUCACUGUCACCAGGUUCAAGAGGUAAGAAACUGGUCCCUAUAAUGUACAAGUGCUGCGACAUUCCCUCCAUUCUUCGCCAUAUCGCUAUUUGCGACUACACAAAACAGGACCUCCAAGAGUGGUUCUGGAACCGUCUGGCGAUGUCGUUAAAAGCACCAGGGGCGCAGCUCAGUUCUCAGGAUAAGACCUCGGAAUUAGAUAACUUAUUUCUUAGCAUGUCAUCAUCAUCAAGUUCAGAAUUCUCAUGGACCCAGAGCUCGAGUCCUCCAACUUCUUCAGAUGUUUUUCCACCUAUCUAUCCAACCACAUCCUCCGCUUCAUCUUGCGCUCCACCAGCACCAGCAACCUCAGGAGAAGUACCUACUGCAGAAGCAGGGGCACGGGGGGUUCUCAGUUUAAACGAUAUAGGACAGAUAGACUCUGAUGAAUCCGAACCUACGUCUGACCCCCCUAAACAUAAAAAGAAGGAGAAGAAAAAGAAAGGGAAACCGUCAAUUUUCAGCAAGUUUAAGCACAGCAGCCAAAGCAGCAGGAGUACCCAUUGCUAAUUAUAUCAGUCUUGGACUCAUUUCAGUAUCAUUUACUUUAGUUAAGUUGAUUAUUUCGACAGAAAUACUCUUAGAGUAAAAAAUGCAUCAGUUAUAUUUUUUAUCAGUGUAAUUUUAUCAAUCAUUUUAUUUGAGACAUUGAUAUGUCAGCAAGCAAUUGUGAAAAAGUAAUGAAGUAUAUUUAAUGUUUAGUAUUUGUGAAAAAUUGCAAAUUUAAAAGAUAAUUUUGUUUCUGCAAUAGUUUCUAAAUUGAUUUAUGUAGAUUUAAAGAGGAAAAAUGGUGCUGUGUUGUAACUGUCCAUAAAAAGAAACAUAAGUCUUAGUUAGACAGCUGAUACCCUGGGUAACAUAGCUCAUUUGUGGCAUUCAUUUUUUUUCCUAUGAAAUUUCAUCAUUUUUUGGGCUCAGAUCCACUGACUAAAUAGUUUUGUCUAAACUUGUAUGCAGAUAGUUUUCACUGGAUUUACCUCUUCUAGCCAUAGAUUGUAUAUUGUUAAAUUUGAAGUCCAGACAGAGUUGUAUUUAUAAAUAGCUCUAUCCUCAGGGUGGGGACAGUCAACUACUGUGUAGAUUUUCUUUCUUGAUAAGAUGGUUGGUUAUUAAUAGACAAAUGCAGGUGUUUUUUGCUGUAAAUUCUGGACUCAAAAGUGAUGCUCUUUUCAUGAUUUUGAAUUAUUUAUUGUAAUUAAUAUAUACAUAUAUAUGAAGUAGAACAACCUUGUUUCAUGACUACUGAAAAGCUGAAUCAAUUAGAGUACCUGUUUCAGCAUUUUUAUGUGGUUUCUUCUGAAUGAGAGCAUUUCUCAUGUGAGUGAUCUCCAGUCUUGUGUGUCUUUUUUAUCUUUUCUCCUGUUGUGAAAUUUGGUGCACAGACUAGGCAAACUUGUACUGGCCGCACCCCCCCCCCCCCUCCCUCCUUAUAUUAAAGACAUUGAUAGGCAAAAUGUACAGAGUACCUAUAUAUAUGUUUAAAACCUGUUUUCUGAAUGUAAGUUAUGGAGUAAACUUAAAGGAUAUGAAUACGAUAUAGUUCAUAUUUAUUAGGAGUGUUUGGGAAUAUUGUGAAUAUCUUUGAACUUAAGUUGUAUAAUAUAUUUGUUGUGGGUUCAUUGUUGUACAAAUGCACAGUAAGAGCAAUUGGCUAGAUAUUAAGCAGACAUUUCAAUUGGUUUCUAAAAAGAACCGAAAACUUCACUUGAAGACUGAUGGUACUGACUUGAUCUUUCUAUUUGCAAAAAUUAUCAGUCUUUUAGAUCCAUAUUUUACAAUCAUAAAAAUUGUAUUUCUAUGUAGCAUCUGUGGUGCUUUGACUGUAUAGAAUUGAAAUAUAGGGUAGCUUGUGUUUCAAUUCCAGUGCUACCAAUCAAUAGGAAUGGUCUAAUUUUAAGAAAUUAUGACUGAAAAGAAUACAGUAUCUGUAAAAUUAAUAAUUUUCUCCCAUUGAAAAAGGUCAAGUCAUUAUUGUAAUUCAAAUUUUAGCCUACUGUAGUAAAUCAGUAGUAUUCCACUUUAUUUAGACAUUGCACGUUAAAGAAAGAGAGAAGUGGAUAGUGAUUUAGACAGACAAAAAAGUGGCUAGUACUUCAGACAGAAAAAGAAGUGGCUAGUGCUUUAGAAAGAUAAAGAAGUGGUUAGUGCUUUAGACAAAUAAAAGAAGUGGCUAGUACUUUAGACAGAUAAAGAAGUGGCUAAUGCUUUAGACAGAUUAAGAAGUGGCUGGUACUUAAGAUCCCAUUCCCAUACCUAGAUCAAUCUAGUAGGAUCGACCUAUCUCCGAGGGGUUUCUUGCUAAAUUACAUUCAGCUUAAGCCACUCUGAUGUCUGGCAAGGCUACUGAAACUGUAAGGGGUAAUUUACAAUCGUUUAGCAGCUUCAGUAGGCAUGCCAGACAUCUAAGCCGCUUAAGCUGAAUGCAAUUUAGCAAGAAUCCCCUCAGAGAUGGGUUGAGUCUGCUUGAUUGAUCUAGGAAUUUGAACGGGGUCUAAGACAGAUAGCAAUUUGACACCAAUGGACUCCUGUGGAUAUAUUCUGAAAUGAAGCAAAAAUUUUUUGUCUCCAAGUUAAGAUUAACUUUGUCUUUCAAGUUAUGUUGCAAAACGGGUCUCUGGUAGCUUUUGAUGGCAAUGCAGAUAGCUAGCAUUUUUAGAGACCUUAUAAAUGGAUUAGGCUUUUACUAUUUGUGGGUUUUGUGGUUAGUAUGGGUGUAAGUGCCAAAAGAUCUGCGGGUAGUGUUAGAUAACGCCUAUUCCAUUUAUAGGGCCUGUUUUAGCUGUGGUGCAGCAAAGCAGGUUUAUAUGUUGUGGCAUUUAUCUUUUUCUUUAUCUAGGAACAUUUUGUAAACUAAGACUCUCCAGCUGAGUAUUUUUAUUAUAAAAAAAGACUAAAAUUUAUGUGAGAUAGGAAUAAAGGAGUUCCUAAGGCAUAGUGCCAUAUAAAAUGGAAAGCGGUUGGCCGGUGUGAAAUCUUACCCAUUUUUAUUGUAAUUUUUGUUAUACUGAUUUGUAUAUAUUUAUAGGAUAAUGUACAUAAAAUGGGCAUCUGGUGAAUACAGUAGUUGUGUAUGGAUAAUGUGGACAGAUCUCAGUAGUGCAUGUGUUUAUGUGUAUGUUAGAAGUCAUGGUAUGUGGUAUAUUUUACACAAGAAUGGUUAAAAAUGCUUGCAGACAUUUUUUUUUUUUUUUCGGAAAUGGGUAUGAUGAAGCAUGGGUAAUUAUAACACUUGGUACCUUAACUUUCAUAGCAAUAAGCUGACAAAGGGUUGCUUUAGAAUGAACUUUCCUAGACUUAAAA